UUUGAAUGUUGACAUUGCUGAGAAUGUUGACAUUGGUUUGAAUGUUGACAUUGGUGAGAAUAUUGACAAUGGUGAGAAUGUUGGCUGUGGUGAGAAUGUUGACAUUGGUGAGAAUGUUGACUUUGGUGAGAAUGUUGACAUUGGGGAGAAUGUUGAUAUUAGUGAGAAUGUUGACAUGGCUGAGAAUGUUGACAUUGGUGAGACUGUUGACAAUGCUGAGAAUGUUGACUUUGUUGAGAAUGUUAACAUUGGGGAGAAUAUUGACAUUGGUGAGAAUGUUGACAUUGGUGGGAAUGUUAGCUAUGGACAGAAUGUUGACAUGGGUGAGAAUGUUGACAUUGGUGAGAAUGUUGCCUGUGGUGAGAAUGUUGACAUUGGUGAGAAUGUUGGCUGUGGUGAGAAUGUUGACAUUGGUGAGAAUGUUGGCUGUGGUGAGAAUGUUGACAUUGGUGAGAAUGUUGACAUUGGGGAGAUGUUGACAUUUGGGAGAAUGUUGGCUGUAGUGAGAAUGUUGACAUUGGUGAGAAUGUUGACAUUGGGUAGAAUGUUGACAUUCGUAAGACUGUUAGCUGUGGUGAGAAUGUUGGCUGUCGUGAGAAUGUUGACAUUGGUGAGAAUUUUGACAUUGGUGAGAAUGUUGGCUGUGGUGAGAAUGUUGACAUUUUUGUGAAUGUUGACAUUGGUGAGAAUGUUGGCUGUGGUGAGAAUGUUUACAUUGGUGAGAAUGUUGACAUUGCUGAGAAUGUUGACAUUGGUGAGAAUAUUGACAUUGCUGAGAA